AUGAAAAAAGACACUAGUGUUAAAUGGGAACCGAAGGACCCAUCAGAAUUGGACUUAUCCAAUGUUAGAGCAGCAAUUUUCGGUGGUACCGGUGGAUUAGGAAGGGCAAUAAGUCGUCAAUUGGCGGAAAGAGGUGCAGACGUGUUGGUUGUCGGUAGGACCUUCCGGGAUCAAGAUAUGGAAAAGAUUAAGUUUUUAAAGGCUGAUUUAAGUUUGGUUACAGAAGCAGACAGAGUAGCUAACGAAAUUCCAGCAAAGUAUUUUACUCACUUCGUUUUUACCACUGGUAUUAUUGCAGCUCCAAAAAGGGAAGAAACUGCGGAAGGGCUUGAAAGAGAUAUGGCAAUCAGUUACCUAAGCAGGUACGUUCUCAUGAAUCAAUUGGCUCCUCAUUUAGGAGAAAGUUUACCAAAGGAUGGACCUAAACCAAAGGUAUUCAUUAUGGGGUUCCCAGGUAGUGGACAAACAGGUAACCCAGAAGACAUGAAUUCCGAAGCGUCUUAUGGAGCAAUUUCAACCCACAUGAACACGGUCGCUGCAAAUGAGGCUCUAGUAUUGGAUGCAACGAAAAGAUAUCCAAACAUUGCUACAUUUGGCUUAAAUCCUGGGCUAAUCAAAACUGAUAUUCGUAAUAAUUAUUUGGGAGAGGGAUCGAUUUUAUCAAGAACUGUGGAAUGGAUCAUUGGGUGGACCCAUCAAAGUCCUGCUGACUAUGCCAAGAAGAUAUGUUCACUACUAGUCUCCCCUGAUAUUGAAGGACACAGUGGAGCAAUGUUUGAUUGCUAUGGUAAUGCUAUCCUGCAAUCACCAGGUUUAACUCCGGAAGUAGUUGACAACUUUAUGAAGAAUUCUAAAGCUCUAGUGGUUCGCGCUCUUGCCAAAAAACCUGAUGAAACAGCAUCAAAGGUGCCUGUAUAA